ACUGACUGAUGUUCAUCAAAGGAGUGUUUGAAUUUAGACCAACUCUGCAAGCCAAAACACAUUAUAUAUAGCCUUUCCAAUACACACCCAACUCGCCAAAUGUUCCCCCCCUGUCUGCAAUCCCCUAGAAAGAAAAAUGGAUGUCUUCCAUAUUAUUAGGGCAACACUUGAAGAAAAGCUCCAAUGGGAGUCUUUUCCCGCUCCUCUUUCUCUUUCCCUAACAACCCUAGCCGCCAUCAUUCUAGUCCUUUUGCUCCUGCGUUCUAAGCGCCAAUCCUCUGCUAAACUCCCACCUGGGAAUCUGGGCCUCCCUCUAGUGGGCGAAACUCUGAAAUUCUUAGGAGCUCUUAGGUCUAACAAAGCCCAAGAAUUUUUCGAUGAGAGAAUUGCAAAAUAUGGGGAUGUUUUCAUGACUUCUCUAACUGGGUAUCCCACAAUAGUGGUGUGUGGUGACAAGGGAAACCGGUUGCUUUUGUCCAAUGAGAAUAAGCUUGUGGUGGUUUCAUGGCCGGCCUCUUUUCUGAAACUGAUGGGUCAGGAUUCUGUCGCCGCCAAAACUGGAGAAGAGCAUCGAAUCUUACGCGCCGCCAUUGACACCUUCUUUGGGCCUUCGGCCUUGCAGAACUACGUUGCCCAGAUGAGCUCUGAAAUCCGGCAACAUAUUGAUGAGAAGUGGAAGGGAAAAGAUCAAGUGAAAGUGCUUCCUCUUGUAAGAGAGCUUCUGUUUUCUAUUGCAUGCAGUUUGUUUUUCGGCAUAAGGGAGGAGAAUCAAUUGCGGCCACUUCAUAAUCUUUUGGAGACUGUUCUUUCUGGGAAUUUGUCUGUGCCCAUAAAUUUGCCGGGGACUCGCUUUAACCAAGCGGUUAAGGCCAGGGCUAAGCUGGAUGAAAUGCUUCUGUCUUUGAUAGAGAAGAGAAGAAGUGAUUUGAGUGCUGGAAGGGCGUCUCCAACACAGGAUUUGUUGUCUGUGUUGCUGACGUUCAGAGACGAAAGAGGGAAUCCUUUGAGAGAGUCAGAGAUCAUCGACAACUUUUCUGGCUUACUCCAUGCUUCGUAUGACACCACCAUCUCACCCAUCACUAUCAUGUUCAAGCUCUUAUCUUCCAAUCCUGAUUGCUAUGAAAAGAUGGCGCAAGAGCAACUUGACAUAGUUUCAAAGAAAAAGAAAGGAGAAGAAAUCCAAUGGAAAGAUCUAAGAGAUAUGAAAUAUACAUGGCAAGUGGCUCAAGAAACAUUGCGCAUUUUCCCUCCAUCUUUUGGGACAUUUCGCAAGGCUAUCACAGAUAUAAAUUACAAUGGUUAUACAAUUCCAAAAGGAUUUAAAGUUUUGUGGACAACUUAUACUACACAUCACAAAGAAAAGUACUUUAGUAACCCAGAAAAAUUCAUGCCUUCGAGAUUUGAUGAGGAUGCAACUCCCAUUCCUCCUUAUACAUAUGUACCAUUCGGUGGAGGCCUACGCAAAUGUCCAGGUUGGGACUUUUCAAAGACGGAGAUAUUGCUAUUUAUGCAUCAUUUUGUGAGGAAUUUCAGUGGAUACAAGGCAGUUGACCCAGAUGAAAAAAUAUCAGCAGAUCCAGUGCCUCCUCUACCUGUCAAUGGAUGUCCCAUCAAACUUUAUCCAAGAAACUAAAGUAUCUUAUGAAUAAUAAAGAUAAAGACCAGAAUAAUUUAAAGUAAAAAUCCCUAUAUGCUUAUAGGUUUACGACAAGAAGAAAUAUUGUGCAAUAUAUAUGAAAAAAUAUUGAAAAUAAUACAUUUAAAAUAUAUUAUAUCUUAAUAUAA